AAGAAGAGCGAGUAAAAAGUCGCAGCAGAACAGAGUGAGGGAGUAAAGACAGCGGCUUUUGCAUCUACACGUGUGAUCAUUUCUAUGUAAAUCUAUCUUCGGCACAUUUUAAAGGUUCCAGAAAAACCAUAGUAAACGAGAACGAUGGGGGCAUAUCUGUCGCAGCCGAACACAACCAAGACCACCUCCGAUGGCGGCAACAGCAACAUGAGCUUCGGCUUUUCUGCCAUGCAGGGCUGGAGAGUCUCUAUGGAGGAUGCUCACAACUGCAUCCCAGAGUUUGACGAGGACACGGCUAUGUUUGCUGUGUACGAUGGACAUGGAGGUGAAGAAGUGGCUCUGUACUGUUCAAAGUACCUUCCUGACAUAAUCAAAGAGCAGAAGGCUUAUAAAGAUGGAAAACUGCAAAAGGCACUGGAGGAUGCGUUUUUGGCCAUCGACAGCAGAAUGACUAUGGAGGAGGUCAUCAAGGAGCUGGUGCAGAUUUCUGGACGGCCCACUGAAGAGCCACCWGCUGAAAAAGUUGCGGAGGAGGAUGACUUGGACACAGAGGAGGCAGCUCUGCUCCACGAGGAGGCCACCAUGACCAUAGAGGAGCUGCUAGUGCGCUACGGCCAGAACCGCAACGCUAUCAAACACGCUGCAGCCAUCUGUGAGGCAGCCAAGAAGGCAUCCUGUUCAGACGCUGGGGCUGCAGGAGGUAAAGCAGAAGACGCUGAGGUGCAGAAGAAAGAAGAAGUAAAUGGCGAAGUGGACGAGGAGGCGAGCAACGAGAAGGUGAAGGAAGGACCAGGAGCAGCRUGUGAGUCGAAGCUCAGAUCCUGUCGGAAAACAGGAGUUGAAGGAACCAGUUCAGCUGACGGUGGAGAGUCAGGAAGCUCUAACGGGGAGGGCAAAGCUGGCAAGACUGAAGGAGACGCCGGACCUUCCUGCUCCUCUCUGUCUUCGCAGGCUUCAGGCAACUCCAAAUCCAGGUUUUUUGACGACAGCGAGGAGUCUGAGGAGGGAGAGGAGGAGGAAGAGGAGGGCAGCGACGAAGAGGAUGGAAGUGAUGAAGAAGAGGGCGACAGCACUGAGCUAGAAGAGGACACGGAGGAGGGAGAGGAGGACUCUGAGGAGGAAGAGGAGAUGUGUCUGCCUGGAAUGGAUGGCAAAGAAGAGCCCGGCUCAGACAGCGGCACCACAGCUGUUGUGGCGCUGAUCCGAGGGAAGCAGCUGAUUGUGGCCAACGCUGGUGACUCUCGCUGUGUCGUCUCUGAACGAGGCAAAGCUGUUGACAUGUCCUACGACCACAAGCCAGAGGAUGAGGUGGAACUGGUUCGCAUCAAAAAUGCUGGAGGCAAAGUGACCAUAGACGGAAGAGUCAACGGUGGACUGAACCUCUCCAGAGCCAUUGGUGACCACUUCUAUAAAAGGAACAAGUCCCUGCCGCCAGAGGAGCAGAUGAUUUCUGCCAUGCCCGACAUCAAAGUUCUCACUCUGAACGAGGAACACGACUUCAUGGUCAUCGCCUGUGACGGCAUAUGGAAUGUUUUAAGCAGUCAGGAGGUGGUGGACUUCAUCAGUGAGAGGAUCAAACCAGACCAAGAUGGAAAAGUCAGGCCCCUCUCAUCCACAGUUGAAGAGCUGCUGGACCACUGUUUGGCGCCCGACACAUCUGGAGACGGGACAGGCUGCGACAACAUGACCUGCGUCAUCGUCACGUUCAGGCCACACCCCGCUCAGCCGGACGACACGAGGAAGAGGAAGCAGUCAGAAGGGGCAGAGGCGGAGGAGAACGGGAACGACAGCAAAAAGACGAAAAGCGAAUAGAGGAAGAGCGGCGCCGCCCCAGAGGGAGCAACUGGUCCCACGCUACCGCAGACACAUUCUGUACAGAAAUUAAACCUUUACCUCACAAACGUAAAUUCACCCCGAAGCAGACGCCACAAAGACUGUAUGUGUGCUCAAAGAUGAGCCCGACUAAGAUCAUCUGUAUAGUUUUUUGUGCUGUUCUUGGUGGAUUCUCACAACUCACCCAUCAGACGUUUCUUUCUUGGUCUGGUUGAAGUAAAGUUAGACUUUUUUUAGUUCUUGGGUAUAAAACGAGGCAGGAUCGCCACUCCCUGCCUUGCUAAGUAGCACCACAGUUUCCAUAAAUUACUCGCUGGAGGCUGCAGGAGGAACUAGUCCACAGAUUAUUAUUAUUUUUGUAUUGUUUUGUUUGAAUCUAACCGUUUUUAGAAGCAYCUCCUCAUUCCUGCAGUCGGGCACUGUUCAGCACCUCGUUCCAUUUGGCAGCGUCAGCUUAUUUUGAUAAAGCUUGAAGAUUGUUCAGCAGUUCCCGCRUCUGUUAACUCUGCCGUUGUGGCUUUGCACUGUGGCUGUGCACCCGCGGACCAGGGUGAUGACAGCAGUUUCACAUCAUAAAGGUGACUGUAGUUAAACGAAUGAGUGGACGUUAUGAGCCUGUAAUCCUAAUUUAAGCGUCGUAACGCAGAGAGAGUGGGUGGUUUAGUCCGAAUGUGUUGGUACCGUGUUCCAGGUUCCUCUCUGAUGAUGAGAUCUCAGCCGGAGUUUGUUCUGGCUUUCAGCUGCGAGUCACUCUGGCUUCAUCCAUUGCCAAGCUGAGGAACGGAUUAUUUUGCUCUUACUGUUUGUUUUAGAUAAAAUGCUUUUUUUCUAUUUAGUGUCCACUCAGAAGAGGAUUUAUUUUUUGUCUUCAUCUCGCUGGUCACAUGAGUACUUUAUGACUGUGCCUUUUUUUUUUCUUCUUUUUUUUUCAUUCCUAUUUGUUUCUCGUCUUGAUAGAAAUCCGUACAGUUUGUUGUUGGGGAAAUAAUUUGGGUUUACGAAGCUCGUAGAUUUCCACCUGUAAAAUAUGAUGGCAGGAAAACAACAGGACUUUCCUCCAACCUGCCAGUGUUCCUCUCUAACUCCUUUUUCUGUAAAACAUGAAUUAUGAGAAAAAUUAUUUCCACUCAGCAAUUUCGUUUUCCCCUGUUUUGAUGAAUUAAAUUUUUUAAAAAAGGAAUUCCUUUUUUUUUUCAUCUCCCCUCUAAGCACAUUCUGAAAACACCUUGUUGCUGGACUKUACAGUGAACGCACAAGGUUGUUUUCUUCUGAGUGGAAAAGCAGUUUAAAAGUUGAAAGCACCAAGACAAGUGCAAUUUGAUUUUAUUUGCAGAAGCCUCGUUUAAAUCAUUAUGACUGUAAGUUGGUGUACUUUCCUGUCAACAGACUCUCUACUCUGUACAUAGUUUUUUUUUUUCAAUAAUUGUAAUUGAAGAAAAAAAAAAGAAGAUUUUUCUUUGUAAUUGUGAGUCGGUGUGACAUUUUGGUGCAUACUGUUUUUGACACCACUAUAUAAGUACAUACAAAUACAUUUUUUUAAAUAAUCUGA